AUGCCUGAAAAACAACUAGGAGUGCUUAAGGCACUUGAUGUUGCGAAGACGCAACUUUACCAUUUCACGGCGAUUCUCAUUGCUGGUAUGGGUUUCUUUACCGAUGCCUACGAUCUCUUCUGCGUCUCUCUGGUUACCAAACUCCUUGGCCGCAUCUACUACUUCAAUCCAUUGUCAGACAAGCCUGGCUCACUUCCCCCUCAUGUUGCGGGAGCGGUCAAUGGUGCGGCUCUUUGUGGAACCCUUGCUGGUCAGCUCUUCUUCGGAUGGCUCGGUGACAAGCUUGGAAGGAAAACAGUUUAUGGUAUCACUUUGAUCAUGAUGACUUUGUGCUCCAUCGGUUCGGGUCUCUCCUUCGGUAACAAAGCCACGGGUGUCAUGACCACCCUAUGCUUCUUCAGGUUUUGGCUAGGAUUUGGUAUUGGAGGUGACUACCCUCUUUCUGCGACCAUUAUGUCUGAAUACGCUAACAAGAAGACUCGUGGUGCUUUCAUCGCUGCCGUGUUUGCAAUGCAAGGUAUUGGUAUCUUGGUUGGAGGUUUUGUGGCGCUUGCGGUUUCUACCAUAUUCGACAAGUAUUUUCCAGCACCAAUCUAUGCAGUUGAUAGGGCUCUCUCAACGCCUCCUCAGGCUGAUUACGUUUGGCGAAUCAUCGUCAUGUUUGGUGCUCUACCCGCAGUUUUGACUUACUACUGGCGUAUGAAAAUGCCAGAAACCGCUCGGUACACUGCUUUGGUUGCAAAAAACUUAAAACAAGCCACACAAGACAUGUCCAAGGUCUUACAAAUACAACUUGAGUUGGAGGAAAUAGCGGCGGAUAUCAGUAAAGACCCCAAACUAAACUAUGGCUUGUUCUCCAAGGAAUUCGCCAAACGUCAUGGUCUUCCCCUCCUCGGAUGUACAUCCACUUGGUUUUUGCUAGACAUUGCCUUUUACAGCCAAAACUUGUUCCAAAAAGAUAUCUUCUCGGGUAUAGGAUGGAUCCCAAAGGCAUCAAGUAUGAACGCCAUCAAUGAGGUUUUCAAGAUUGCUAGGGCUCAGUCUCUCAUUGCGCUUUGCAGUACUGUCCCUGGUUAUUGGUUUACCGUUGCGUUUAUUGAGAGCAUGGGAAGAGUUGCAAUCCAGCUGAUGGGAUUUUUCAUGAUGACUGUUUUUAUGUUUGCCAUUGCAUUCCCUUAUGAACACUGGACCAAACCGGACAACCGUAUUGGAUUUGUUAUUAUGUACUCUCUCACGUUCUUCUUCGCCAAUUUUGGACCAAACGCAACGACUUUUAUUAUACCGGCCGAGAUAUUCCCAGCUAGGUUAAGAUCCACAUGCCAUGGAAUAUCAGCCGCAACAGGUAAGGCUGGAGCCAUCGUGGGAGCUUUUGGGUUUCUAUACGCAGCUCAGCCACAGGACAAGACCAAGACGGACGCAGGAUAUCCACCGGGCAUUGGAAUCAAGAACUCAUUGAUCGUGCUUGGUGUCAUCAACUUCGUCGGUAUGCUCUUCACCUUCCUUGUCCCUGAGCCCAAGGGAAAGUCCCUCGAAGAACUGUCCGGUGAGAAUGAGGUUGGGAAAUGA